UAGCAACGGAAACGGCGCAGGACGCAAUAUGACAAGAAUCUGUGAUAAUAUUUUGAAUUUGUUUGGCGGUACACAGUACUUUAUAUUAUUUUGAUAAAGUUACUAUUUGGAGUGUGUUUUGCGGAUGAAGGAACAUCUGUAAUUAUUUGUACAUUGUUAUUGUUAGAAGUUUCAUAAUGAGAAAAGGCCUGAAACUUCCUAGAAUUGCAGCUAAUGGUCACAGACUACCAGAUCCAUUGCCUCGUGGUGCUGUUUUAACUGAUGUUAUGAAGCGGCAGUGGAAGCUUGGAAAGUCUAUUGGACUUGGUGGUUUUGGUGAAAUAUAUUUAGCAUCUGAUGAUAUUAAGAAGAAGCCAGGCUUAGAUGCAAAUUAUGUGAUAAAAGUUGAACCACAUGCUAAUGGUCCACUUUUUUCUGAAAUGCACUUCUAUCAUCGUGUUGGGAAACCACAUCAAAUUGAAGAAUGGAAACGAAAGAAAAAACUGAAUUUUCUUGGUAUGCCAAAGUUUAUUGCUUCAGGAUCUCAUGAAUACAGGAGUGUAAAAUACAGAUUUAUGGUCAUGGAAAGAUUUGGUGAAGAUCUGCAAAAACUACUUGAUAAAAAUAAUAAAAAAUUUCCCUUAAAAACUGUAUAUACAUUAGGCAAAUUGAUUUUAGAUAUCCUAGAAUAUAUCCAUAGCCAUGGCUAUAUACAUGCUGAUGUCAAAGCUUCAAAUCUACUUGUUGGUUAUGGUCCUGGAAGAGAAAAUGAGGUGUAUCUCAUAGAUUUUGGCUUAGCUUGCCGAUAUGUUACUAAUGGACAACAUAAAGAACUAAAAGAAGAUCGUCGAAAAGCUCAUGAUGGAACUAUAGAAUUCACUAGCAGAGAUGCUCAUAUUGGAGCUCAUUCUCGAAGAGGGGAUUUAGAAAUUCUAGGCUAUAACAUGCUUCAGUGGCUCUCUGGUCAUCUGCCAUGGGAAGAUAACUUAAAGGACCCAGAAAGUGUUAGUCGUCAGAAAAGCAUGUAUUUAUCAAAUGUUUCUUCGUUAAUGAAAAGUUGUUUUCCGAAACGUUCUCCACCAAGAGGUAUUGCUGAGUAUUUCACAUAUGUUGCUGGGCUAACUUUUGAGGAAGAACCGGAUUAUAAGCACUGUAAAAAUAUACUUUCAGCUGCAAUUAAAGGAUCUGGAUAUGAAGAUGAUGGAGUCCUUAUAUAUACUUCUUCUGAACUUAAAGAAACAGCUCGCAAGUUGAAGAGAGCCUACCUUUCUUGA